AUGGCCAAGAACAAGAUCAUCAUCGAUACCGACCCAGGUAUUGAUGAUAUUCUUGCAUUACUGCUCGCCUUCGCGGCGUCUCCGGAAGAAGUUGAGGUUGCGCUUAUUUCGUUGACGUUUGGCAAUAUUGAGGUGCAGAGCUGCCUACGAAAUGUCGUCUCAAUGCUACACAUCCUGGAACGUGAAAUGGAAUGGCGCAAGAAACAAGGCAGACCAGAAGGCUUUGAGACGCUGCGAACACACAAACCCGUCAUUGCUGUCGGCGCUCAACAACCGCUAGACGACCAGAAAAUGCUUGCAGACUAUUUUCAUGGAAAGGAUGGUCUAGGCGGCAUUCAUUUCACCCAUCCCCAUCUCACGCCGGGCGAAUCUUGGGAACAUCUUUUUGAUCCAAUCUCAGAUCCCGAGGUUCUUCCCAAAGUCGGCCCAUCUCCAUCGAAAUCCCACCAGUCAUUCAUCCCGUCCAAACUUCCUGCGGCAGACGAGAUUCUACGAGUUCUCAAAGAGAAUGAAGAAAACACCGUGACUAUUGUUGCCGUCGGGCCUCUGACGAAUCUCGCAUUGGCCGCCGCUAAAGAUGCGGAAACAUUUCUCCGUGUAAAGGAAGUGGUUGUUAUGGGUGGGACGAUCGACAAGCCGGGAAAUGUCACACCCGUAGGCGAGUUCAACUCCUACGCCGACGCAGUUGCUGCAGCACGCGUAUUUGCCCUAACCUCACCUAAACCCGAAAGCACGCUCCCMCCCAGCAAACGCCUACCAGCCUAUCCCGCAACACUCAGCAAGACACUUACCCUGAAACUCUUCCCACUGGAUUUCACAAGUCAACACGAUCUGAUCCGCGGCGACUUUGACCGCACCAUCACACCACUCCUACAAUCAGGCAGCCCCCUCGCCGAAUGGGUUGAUGCCUUCAUGGCACACGUCUUUCAAACCCUCGAGCGUCUCCAUCCAGGCCACGAAGGCGCAAAGGCCAGUCUUACGUUACACGACCCCGUCUGUGUUUGGUACGCAAUGACAUCGGGUGAUACUAGGUGGAAACCUACCCCAACAUCACCGGAGGAUAUCCGCAUUGAGACGGUGGGACAAUGGACGAGGGGGAUGUGUGUGGUCGAUCGACGGAACAGACAUAAAGUUGAGGAUGAUGUGGAGAGUCAUAGUGAUCAUGGGUUGUGGUUGAGCUCGAGAGCUGGGAAUAGGAUUAUCAGAAUGGGGGGUUCACCUGGUGGAGAGACUUUUGGUAUGUUGUUGUUGAAGAAGAUUUUUGAAUAG